CGCGGAGCGGAGCGGCCGGGCGGCGAGGCGAGCGGCGGGUCCGGGGCGGGCGGGCGGGCGCGGCGCAGCAGCAGCCAGGCAGGCACGGCGGGGCCGCCCCGAUGCGGCGCUGCGGGGCGCGGGGGAGCGGGCGCCGGUGCGAGGCGCCCCCGGCCCACCCUUAACAUGCGGCCGGGGCGCCUGCUGGCGGCGCCACGCGUACACCAUGCCCGGCGUGGGGGAAGACGACGGGGCGCAGCAGCCGGGGGCGGGCGAGCUGCCCACGCUCACCCCGGCCGGGGGACCCCCAAGGGAGGAGCAACGACCCCUGAAGCAGUCUUUGAGCAGUUCUCUUUGCCGGGAGUCCCACUGGAAAUGCCUCGUCCUCACCUUGCUGAUGUACGGCUGCUUUGGCGUCAUGACCUGGUGCCGCCUCUCAACGGUGACCCGCAGGAACUAUGACAACUACCGGGGUGCUGCCAUCACCUACCAUGACAGUCCGUGCUCCAACGGCUAUAUCUAUAUCCCACUGGCGUUCUUAGGGAUGUUGUACGUAGUCUACCUGGUGGAGUGUUGGCACCGAUUCGCCAAGGGGCAGAUGCAGUACCGUGUGGACACGGCCAGCGUGUACGAGAAGGUGCAGCGCAUGCAACAGGCCACGCCAUGUAUCUGGUGGAAGGCCAUUAGCUAUCACUAUAUCCGCCGCACCCGGCAGGUGACCCGCUACCGCAACGGGGAUGCAUACACCACCACCCAGGUCUACCACGAGCGAGUCAAUACGCACGUGUCUGAAACGGAGUUUGACUACUCUGGGCACGGCGUGAAGGAUGUGUCCAAGGAGCUGCUGGGACUCUCAGAUUACCCUGUCACCAAGUUGCGGUUCACCAAGUGUUUCAGCUUCGCCACUGGGGAGGCGGAGGCGGCUUACUUGACCCAGCGGGCCCGCUUCUUUGGUGAGAACGAGGGUUUGGAUGACUACAUGGAAGCUCGUGAAGGGAUGCAUCUCAAGAACGUGGACUUUAAGGAGAACAUGCUGGUCUUCCCCGAUCCAGGGCGCCCCCCAUGGUACACCCGGCGCUGGGUCUUCUGGCUGGCCUCUUUCCUGCUUCUCUCCUGGCCGUUGCGAGUCCUGUCCGAAUACCGCACGGCCAACGUGCACUACCAUGUGGAGAAACUCUUUGGGGCAGAUGACGGGCCCAGCCCACUGGAUGCCACCGGGGGUUACGGGCGCCGCAUCUCGCGCGUCAACACCGUGGACAUGACCGAGCUGGAGUGGCACAUCUGUUCCAAUCAGCAGCUGGUGCCUAGCUACUCGGAAGCCAUGCUCAUGGACUCCACCGUGGUUGCGGGCGCGGCCUACCUGCGCAGCUGCCAGCGCUGCCGCCGGACUGUGAGCAGCAACUCCCUGCCUUCGAGGAACACCCGCGCGCUCUACGCCCGCCUCCCUUUCAGCUGCAGCCGCUUCUCGCUGGGCGGGGCACGGCGGUGCGGGGGGGUCCUCCGCAGCUUGAGUGGGAGCCACGUGGGGAGCAGCAUCGAGACCGAGCCGCUGGAGAGCCCCCCCUGCUAUCAAGAUGCUUUGUAUUUCCCCGUGCUGAUCGUGCAUGGCGGGGAGGGGUGUCACCGCAACGGACAUAGGCCAGGCCCCGCAGGGAGGUCGUCAGGGACUCCACUGUGACCUUAGAGUCGAGGACAGUUGAGGCAAAGCCCCCUUCGGUCCCCAAGAAUGGGAAGGAAGAAACAGAGAAACCCCUUAGCCCCUUCCCCUCCCCUCAGAGAGCCUGUAAACCAGGCAAUGGGGGCUUUUUUGGGCCAAACCCCUUUUCUUGACAUUCUGCUCCGAGGAUAAAGAAACACUUUUUGUUUGUUCAUUUGCAAAGAAAGCCAAUGUUCGCUUGUUUUGCACAAUUCCUGGGUUUGUGAAAGAGGAGCAUGGAGUUUUCUCGGAGAGUGGAAAGUGGGUGUCUGAAUGGGGAUAGGACCAUUUAGGACCAAUGAGAUAGUAGCUUGGGGAGGAAGUAUAAGGAGCCAAGUGCGGCGUAGAAGCUGUAGUUUCUGAUCAUGGGGAGUGCUCCCCUGCUAACAGAGGGCAUCUUUCUGAGACUUUUGCCUGGCGCUGCCUGCUCCUCCUCUGUCAUGAGGUCUAGAAUGUGCCAGGGACUGGCAUUUGUAUUUGCAUCAUGGGUAUAGAAAAGAUCUCCCCCUCCCCUUAGAUUCAGGCGGGGGAAUUCACCCACAGGAUGUGUGGGCAGGACAAAAAACUUACCCCGUUUCUUAUGGGUCUGUUCUUUGUGGCAGGGAAUAAAUUAAAUUCAAAACAAAGGCUUCUUUUCCCGCCAACUUGCUCCCGAAUUUUGUCUGUUGUAAACGUUAGAGCGUGGCCUCGUGGAAGAUAAAUCCGUCUGUGGCUAUUAGCUGUUGUGGUAGACAAAUGGACCUCUUUGUUUAGGGGAAGGGGAUCUGUGAACGCCAGAUGGUGGUGGGAAAGUACAGAAGGAGUCUUCAUGGCUUCUCAUGGACUUCCCAGAAGUAUCUGACUUAUCCGUGUUAGAGACAGGUUAUGGGUCCAGGCGGUCCCCUUGUCUGCUGCUGUUGGGCUUACAGUGGCUUAGUGGAACAUGCCUACACACGGGCAGUAAGUUUCUGAAUGGCAGGUGCUGGUUCAGACAAUAUGAGUGGUCUCCAGUACCGUGGCCUGCUUUUACGUUGGCCACAGCAAGGAACAGCAUUCUGAAUUUGGCGACCCUUCAGGUCUAAUCUAGCAAGGAAAUGUUUGGAGAUCCCCUGUUUUAUUGUUCUGCAGUAGAAGAAUUUGUCCAGUAGCCCUUUACAGAGCAAACGAUUUCCAGGGUAUGAGCUUUCAAGAAUCAAUUCUCCUUUCAUUAUAUACAAGUAGAAAUGAAGAUACCGGAGCCCUUAUUUCUCCCUCUUUAUUCCUCCCAGGGUGGUUUAGUGGUUAAGAGCAGGUAGAUUCCAAUCUGGAGAACUGGGUUCGAUUCCCCACUCCUCCAUGUGAGCGGCAGAGUUUUAUCUGGCGAACCGGAUUUGUUUCCUGCUCCUC